GGUAUCCCCAUGCAAGGAGGUUGGUGAGGCCUCGGGGGACUCCCAGUUCAGCAAAUCGGUUAGCCUUCCUCUACCUCAGUCACUUUCCCGUGAGGCACUCCGUGUUUGUGUACACGGUUAUUCCGUGUGUCGGUCAGUUCAUCGGGCGCAUCUAGAGUCAUUGAAAACAGUAAUAGGAAGUCAAACAAACUCGCUUGAUGCAAAAAUUCAGGAGGACAUUCGGUUUUUAAGGAAAUAGUGCUGAGGAAGGACCAGGCUGGAGCUCUUUGGAACCUCAGACUGGGAGAACUCUGCCAUGUGGCCACCCCAGAUGAAAAUGAAACAAGAAAAUAGAGAUAUUAUUUUUCAAAUUGGUGGCUUGAUCACCUGAACAAAUUUGAGGAGGAAACAGAGGUUGGCUAUCAGCUAUUGUUCCAGCUCAGACUUCAUCCUCUUUCUCCUGGACUGUUGCUUCCUCCUCACUGCAGACCCAGAGGGACCUUUGGAACACCCAAACCCGUUCUCCUAUGGACAGACCAAUCUGAGGUCAGAGUUAGCAGCAGGAUACAUCCUGGUCCUCUCUUGCCCCUGAGAUCUCGCUGGGGCUGAUGGCACUGCCACUGCUAUGGUUGGGGCUACUUUCUCAUGUUUUGAUGGAAGUCAAGAAGAUACCAGUGGAAGAGGGGCUGUGCACUACAAUCCCUUGUGCAUUUGAAUUUCCCAAAGAACCCCCAGGCAAUUCCGUGAUCAUGCGCUACUGGCUCAACAAAAACAUCAGCUCCCUGGUAGCAACAAAUAAACCCAAUGCUACCGUUGGUGAUAACACCAAGGACGAAUUUUACAUGACUGGGAAUCUUGAUGAAGAAGGCUGUACGCUACUCAUCCACGAUAUACUCAAAGGGAACAGCAUAACAUAUUUAUUCUAUGCAGAUCUAGGAGAACAAAACAGUGCUUUCCUGGGGGAGAAUAUCAAACUCUUUAUGUCAGAGCUAACCCAAAAGCCAGAGCGCCACGUGCCAGAGAUUCUUUUGGCUGAGAAGCCUGUGACCUUGAACUGUACCCUCAAAGGCACCUGCAAAGAAACCAAAGCCCUCUUCCACUCCUGGAAGAACUCAGCCGUCUCCAGCAGCUCCUCCUCAGUGCUGCACUUCACCCUGAGGCCUGAGGACCAUGGCAGCAUCCUCGGAUGUCACUUGAACUUCUCCCUAGCCAACAUGACCAAAAACAGCUUGGUCAAGCUCCAAGUAGUCUCACCUGCCAGGCUGUUCAAUUCCUCUUGUUCCUUGGAGAAGACAGUUCUGUGCAGCUGUUCCUUCCACGGGAUCCCCAAGCCCUCCGUGCAGUGGUGGAUGGGAGGUGUCCCUGUGACUGUGAAUAGCAUGGAUAACAUCCUCCGGGUGACUUCUUCCACACGUGCCCCCUGGGCCAACAGCACCAUCAACCUCAUCGGGGAGCCAGAAAUAGUCAUGAGACUUCGCUGUGAGGGGAAGAACCAAUAUGGAAUUCACACUUCCAGCAUCUUCCUGAUACCAAAUAAGAAAUCAGUUUCCAGUGUGUUCGUGAAAGGAUUAAUCCAGGGCAUUGUAUAUGGAGCCAUUGCAUUCUCAUUGCUCUUCUUCUGCCUCGUCCUCUUGUCAAUGAAGAUGCUUACCUGGUGGGAGGAGCAUCAGAGUCCCAAGACCAAAGAAGGCCUGCCCCUUAAGAAACCAGAGCUGCUGGAGGAACCAGAAGUACCCAAAAUGCCUGAAGCUGACACCCCACCAGACCGGACUGGAGGGCUCUGGAGAGAAAGAAGAGUGUAGACUCCGAGAUGGAUCACGGCACGCGGCCCAGGCGUGGAAACCUGGCCCAGGCAGAGGUGCGACUCCAUCCCAGACUCCAGACCCAGAGGCCGAAGCCCAGCUCUCAGCCAUUUCCUCGGGAAACAUGCCCCAGGGCCUCCCCAGUGCCAGCUGUCAUGUUAGCCAAUGUAGGGGACACGCCUAACACCUGACACCUGCCUGAGGGACACACCACCCCAGCAGCCAGGCUGACAGGAGCAGAAACAAAACACACAGGGACACGCCAAGCAGGCAGCACCAGGAAACAGGCUGCUGCCGCCACAGGGGCUGCUGUGAGCCCAGAGUGGAUCCAACCCAGCCUCAGCCUUCUUCAGAGAGAGAAACUGAAGCAUGCUCAGCAUGAUGGGAAGUGGCUGAAACCCUGAAGAACCCCCAAGAGCACAUCCACGGGGAUACUGGGAACCAUGAGGCCCCAUCCUCUGCACAUCUGCAUUGCAAACAGAGAAACUGAGGCUCACCGUGCCUCGGGCCACACUGCAAGGCUGUGCGCUGCUCAGGACUCCGGAACCCAGGACCCUUGCCCCCCGCUGCAGCAGCUGACCCUGUCCUGGACAUUUUCUCCUGACUUUAUGAGAGACCCUAGUGCCAAGGCUGCAAACUCAAACGCUCACAGCCACCGGGCAGGGAACAAGAAGGGCACAGCUGGCCUAAUGGGGGCCAUGUCUGUCUUGAAAGCAGCUGCCCCUCCUGAAGGCGGCCGCUCACAGUGGCGGAACUCCCUCCAACUCCUCCCCACCCCCUCCCCACAGGUCAGGAACACAGCUAGCUCUUCAUAUUUUUUUGUUUGUCUUUUGAGGAGAAUCCAGAGAUCUC